AUGGAGACCCUAGGUGCUUCGAAUUAUGAUGUUCACGAGGUACGGAAAGAGGCAGUGGUGGAAGUCUUCCGCAACCGACUGAAAGAGUACUUUAAAUCCACUAAGGUCAAUGUUGUUCCCUGUCCAGAUCUUACAUCACCUCCCUUCGGGCUUUUGCGUCCAGGUCUUGCUGGUCAAAGUGUUGUGUGCGAUGUGGGUAGCAUGUCCUACCUUCUUCCUGUUGCUGAUACGUCUAAGAAAUACUCAUUUGAUCAAGUUGUCGAAUCGUCGGGAGUCCAUAGCGGGCAUCUGCUAGGUGCUGGUGGCGGUCCUUUUUUCACGCACGGCAAAACUUGUGAGAUGGCUGCAAGUCUUCAAUAUGAAAAUGAUAAAAUUAUUUCCAAUUCCACCCUCCACGGUGUUUAUGGUGAACAGACCGGAACCCCACAAGUGAUCAAGGCCACUGACAACAACUUCGGUCUUGUGGGUCAACUCCUCUCAACCGAGGGCCUGCCUGGAUCGGUAGUAGUCUGUAUCCAUACAAUUUUCUUAUUUCUUUCUUUGUACAUUUUUUGGCACCAGGUAAUCGAAGUGGAUGUUGCAGACCGACUGAAGGAGGGUUCUGUGCACGUAUUUUUGCGAGAGGCGCUCACAGAUGCUUACGGAAAGUUGGACAAGCCGGUUGCUCUUGGUGGUGUUUUUGUGCUCACCGACAGUAGAGCUCGUUUCCAUGUUCUUCAGCCAAAUUUCCCUCCCCAUCCUGUCGAUACACCGGCGAGGAUGGCAGAAUUUAUCAAAGUUUUCGAAAUGGAUCCUCCUGUCUUGGGCAUGGGAACUCUCAUAUCCCACGACCCCUACGGAAUUGACCUGAAGUUGGAGCACUUCCAUUGCUACAACGAGGCAAAAAAUUUGGCUGGCCACUUUUAUUGGGAUACAGAGCCAGAAAAGGCGCAUUAUCGUCUGUACUUGACGGUGGCCAAGGGUUUACUGCGCAUUGACCCCAAGAAAAAGACACAGUCGGUGAACUAA